AAAGGGUCCACGCGGCGCGCACUUUUUCUCUCUUGGAAUUUGGAAGUGUACUCCACAAGUUGCUUAGUUGCUAAGUUGUUCACCCUUCUUAUACACACACAACGUUAAUCAAUCUCUACUCAAAAAAUCAAGAAAUUUUGAACAGAACCUGUUUUCUAGCAAAUGAAAAUUGAUAUGGCUAUUGAUGAAGGAAACCAACUCCUUGACGCUGAUACAGUUCUUUUCGCCAGAAGUUAUCAGCUGGACGCAUUGGAAAAAGCACUUAAGGGAAACACCAUUGUAUACCUGGAGACCGGUUCUGGGAAGACCCUGAUUGCAAUCAUGCUCCUUCGCAGCUAUGCCCACCUCCUCAGAAAGCCUUCACCCUUUAUUGCUGUAUUUUUGGUCCCUACUGUUGUUUUGGUAACCCAACAAGGUGAAUAUAUCGAGAUGCACACUGACUUAAAAGUUGGCAAGUAUUAUGGUGAGUUGGGUGUUGAUUUUUGGGAUGCUGCCACAUGGAAGCGUGAAAAGGAUGAGCAUGAGGUGCUUGUAAUGACUCCAGCGAUUUUGUAUAGAGCCUUGAGUCAUAGAUUUUUGGGUCUUGACCGAAUAAAGGUUCUAAUAUUUGAUGAAUGUCAUAAUGCGAGACGCAAUCACGAUUAUGCUCGCAUCAUGAAGGAUUUCUAUAAUCGCCAACGAGAAGAAAAUGCUCUGCACCUUCCUAGAAUAUUUGGGAUGACUGCUUCUCCUAUAAAGGCUAAAGGCUCGUGCUCGGCCGCUGACUAUUGGGAACAGAUUAGGCAACUUGAAAAUCUAAUGAAUUCAAAGGUCUUCACAUGUGAAAGCGAAUCUGUUUUAGCUCAGUACAUCCCAUUUUCAACUCCAAAAGUAAAGAUGUACGAACAUGUGGAUGCUCCUUGCGUCAUUGUUGAAUGUAUUGCAAGUCGUUUGGAAAGGUUGAUAAAGAAGCAUAAACUCUCUCUGGAAAGAUCAAGUAUCUCGAUCUCUGCCGCUGAAUCUGCAAAAGAAAGAUUAUCUAAUCUUUGCUCUACCUUCAAAUUUUGUUUAACUGAGCUGGGUGUUUGGUUAGCUAUCAAGGCAGCAGAGAUGUUAUCUUGUGAAGUAACCAAUAUCUUUUCAUGGGUGACAUUGGAUGUACGUUGUGACAAGGUUGUUAGAGAUUUUAGUUUGGAUGCACUUGAAGUCUUUUAUGCCUUUGUGCCGUCGGGUCCACAAUGGUCUAACUGUUAUGAUAUAAAAGCUAAAUUGAAUUCUGGGUUUGUUACAUCGAAGGUUGCCUGCCUUGUUAACACUCUUCUUGAAUACAGGGAAAUUAAGGAUUUGAGAUGUAUAGUCUUUGUUGAGAGAAUUAUCACGGCAAUUGUUCUUCGGAAUCUGUUGAAUGAGUUACUUCCUGAAGUCAGUGGGUGGAGAGCAGAAUACACGGCUGGGAACAAUUCUAAGCUGCAAUCACAAAGUAGAAAAGAACAAAACAAAAUAGUUGAUGAAUUUCGCAAGGGCAGAGUUAACAUCAUCAUCGCAACCUCUAUGCUUGAAGAGGGAUUAGACGUGCAAAGGUGCAAUCUUGUGAUUAGAUUCGAUCCCUCUGCCACAAUAUGUAGCUUUAUUCAGUCACGUGGGCGUGCUCGUAUGCAAGACUCAGACUUUGUAUUAAUGAUAAAAAGAGGGGAUACUGCCAUCCUCAAACGUGUAGAGAACUAUUUGGCUAGUGGAGAGAGAAUGCGAAAGGAGUGCUUGAGCCAUGCUAGCCUUCCUUGUGAACCUCUUGAUAAUGAAUUGAAAAGUGAAGAAUACUAUAAAGUUGAAACCACAGGAGCAAUUGUGACUUUGACUUCUAGUGUGUCUUUGCUCUACUUCUAUUGCUCACGGCUGCCUUCUGACUGCUACUAUAGACCUCACCCUCGCUGUGUGAUUGACAAAGAAUUGGAAAUUUGCACACUGCACCUUCCAAAAAGCUGCCCAAUACAAACUAUUACCGUUCAUGGUAAAACCAAAAUACUGAAGCAACUUGCGUGCCUAGAAGCUUGCAGAAAACUUCAUCAGGUUGGUGCCCUGACAGACAAUCUCGUGCCUGAUAUUGUGGGAGCGGAAGCUGAUGCUGAAGAAUUUGGAUACAAACCUUCUUAUGUGGAGGAACAAGUACAGUACUGCCCACAGGAAUUGGUUGGUUAUCAUGAUAAUGAGUCUGAAAGGCUGUACUGUUGCUAUUUAAUUAAAUUACAGCAGGAGUUCGCUUAUACCGUCCAGCCGCAAGAUAUUGUGCUUGCCACCAGGAUGAGACUUGAAUCUGAUGUCGAGUUGUCAAAUUUAGAUUUAGAUGUUGAUAGGGGAAAACUAAUUGUGCAUGUAAAAUAUGUUGGAAGCAUUAAACUGACUUCUGAGCAGAUUCUCCUAUGUCAGCGGUUUCAGAACACUGUUUUUAAGCAUCUUUUCAACAAUAAUUUUUAUAGACUUCAUGAAGAUCAGGGCAGAUCUUAUAUGAGUGAUUGCGUGGCUUUUGAUUAUCUUCUUCUUCCGCUUCAAGGACCACUAAUUGAUUGGAAUUGCAUUAAAUCUGUCCUAAUUCAAAAUAACAGUUUGCGCGAUAUGCACAUUGAUGGUUCUUCACCGAAGUGUCAUGGUCAUCUUGUGCACACAAAGAAAGGUUUAGUCUGUACCUGCAUGUUACAGAAUUCGUUGGUUUAUACGCCUCAUAAUGGUUUCAUGUAUUGCAUCACGGGAACUCUGGGUGAUUUGGAUGGCAAUUCAUUUCUUAUACAGAACGAUGAUGAAUAUGUUACUUACAAAGAGUACAAUGAAAGGAAACAUGGUAUCAAAUUGCUUUUUGAAAAUGAAGCACUUCUUAAUGGGAGACACAUCUUCACAGUGCAAAAUUACCUUCAGAGAUGUAGAGGUCAGAAGGCAAAAGAACCAAGUAAUGCAUCAUGUGAACUGCCACCUGAACUUUGUUCCGUAAUUAUGUCACCUAUAUCUAUUUCUACAUUUUACUCUUUCUCCUUUCUUCCAUCCAUCAUGCAUCGGAUCGAGUCUUUGCUUCUAGCUUCAAACUUGAGAAGAAUGCAUAAGGAUCACUGCAUGCAAAAUGUUGAUAUUCCAAUCAUCAAAGUUUUGGAAGCAAUCACAACAAAGAAAUGCCAAGAAAAACUUCAUCUGGAAUCACUAGAGACCCUUGGGGACUCUUUUCUUAAAUACGCUGCUGGUCAACAUGUUUUCAAAAUUUAUAAAAAAGAGCAUGAGGGCCUUCUUAGUAUUAAAAAAGAAAAAAUAAUUUCUAAUGCUACAUUAUGCAAGCUGGGAUGUGACCGCAAAAUUCCGGGCUUCAUCCGCAAUGAACCAUUUAACCCCAAAACAUGGAUAAUUCCUGGGGAUAAUUCUGCAAAUCAUGGUUUAGAUGAGGAGUUACUUUCAUCUAGAAAAGUCUAUGUUAAAGGGAGCAGGACGCUAAAAAGUAAGGUUAUCGCGGAUGUUGUUGAAGCAUUGAUCGGGGCAUUCCUUAGCACAGGUGGUGAAUCAGCAGCCUUAUCCUUUAUGGCAUGGCUUGGUAUAAAUGUUGACACUGUUGGUGUUCCCUAUACAAGGCCCUUCCCUGUUAAUCCCGAGGUAUAUGUCAAUGUCAGAUAUGUCGAGUCUCUGCUGAACUAUCGGUUUCGCGAUGCUUCUUAUUUAGUUGAAGCACUAACUCAUGGUUCUUACAUGCUGCCUGAAAUUCCAAGAUGCUAUCAGCGUUUGGAAUUUCUUGGAGACUCUGUACUGGAUUAUGUGAUUACUGUGAACCUGUAUCACAAAUAUCCUGGCCUAUCUCCUGGGCUUCUAACUGAUCUAAGGUCAGCAUCUGUGAACAAUGAUUGCUAUGCUCAAUCGGCAGUUAAAGCAGGACUUCACAAGCAUAUUCUUCAUGCUUCACAAGAGCUUCACCGGCAUAUAAUCAAGACAGUUAACAAUUCUGAGGAACUACACUCGGUCUCAACUUUUGGUUGGGAAUCUGAGAUAACUUACCCGAAGGUUCUCGGGGAUGUAAUAGAAUCCCUCGCAGGGGCUAUCUUCGUCGAUUCUGGGUACAACAAGGAGAUUGUUUUUGAAAGUAUAAGGCCUCUUCUCGAGCCCAUGGUUACACUUGAGACACUGAGGCUUCAUCCAGUGAGAGAAUUAUCGGAAUUAUGUCAGAAGCAGCAUUUUACAUUCAAAAAGCCUGUUGUCUUUCGUGAAAAUGGGGUGUCAUUUGUCGAAGUGGAGGUGGAAGCUGAUGGAUUUGUACAUAAAGAGUCACGUUCGGCUUCUGAUAAAAAAACUGCAGAGAGACUGGCUUGCAAAGCUGUUUUGAAUUCAUUGAAAGAAAGAAUAGCCGAGCUCUGACCUCAAAUCCAGAUGCUGGAUCCGUUGGUGUCCGCAUUUCCAUGGAGAAGUGAUGAAUCAACGUUGAGUUUUAGGUUUCCUUUUGAGUCAGUAUGCUUAAUGUAGCUGGAGUGGAGGUUUUGUUGAUGAUGGUGCUCCUAAUUUGUGGGUUCCUGAAGAUAGGCUCAUUUUAAUGUCAAGCCCUUUUUCUUAAAAUCACCAUUUUCCCACGCUAAUAAAAUCAUUUUUCACAUUUUCCCA